UCCACUGAAAAGCUCUUAACUUUGCGCAUGUACGGCCAAACUGAACAUUGCAUCGACUCCAAGAUGGCGUUAACACGUCUGGCUUGCAUUCUGGUCCUCCUCUCAACUCACUGCUACUUCAACGUAUUGGCAGUAAUACUGAAAACAACGAAUGAUGCGCCAUGGGCCAAUGAGUUUGAAUCUAUCGAAUUGUCCUGUUUGAUAGAGUCCAUCUCCACAAAAAACCCAAGAAUCGAAUGGAAGAAAAUUAAGGAUGGGGAGCCCAGUUAUGUCUACUUUGAGAAGAAAAUCUCAGGAGAUUUGGAGGGCAGAGCUAUGAUCAGAGAGCCUGCGACAUUGGUGAUAACCAACGCCACAAGAUCAGACUCAGCCAGUUACCGUUGCGAGGUCAGCGCCCAGACUGACCUUAAAUCCUUUGAUGAGAUUUUGAUCAACCUCGUCGUAAGAGUGAAGCCAGUGGUGCCGAAAUGUGCUGUCCCCAAAUCGGUGCCUGUAGGGACGGCGGCAGAGCUGCGAUGCGUGGAGGAUCAAGGUUUCCCCAAGUCUCAGUACCAAUGGUUCCGCAACAAGGAGGAAAUCCCAGAUGACCCCAAGACCAGCCCUAAGUUCAUCAACUCCUCCUACACGCUCAAUGCCGAAACAGGCACCCUGAAAUUCAGUGCUGUCAGAAUGAACGACUCAGCAGAGUACUUCUGCCGAGCAAAGAACGACGCGGGCCACUCAGAGUGUGGACCGCAGACAAUGGAAAUCUAUGAUAUCAAUAUCGCCAGGAUCAUCCUGGGAGUGCUGGUGGUGGUGCUAUUGUGCAUAACAGUGGGCCUCUGCUUUGCGUACAAGCGUGGCUACUUCGCCAGCCAGAAACAGACUGGAAACAAUUACAAAGCACCAGCCAAAGGAGAAGGAGUGGACUACGUCAGAGCCGAGGACGAGGGCGACUUCCGACACAAAUCUUCGUUUGUCAUCUGAAGAGAAAGACGAAGGGCAUGGAAGUGAAAGGUGUGGUACUUUGGAAGGAACUCAUUAAGUGUGUGAGAUGACCAGUGAGCUGCCACAGUACGUGCCUUGAGCUCUCAGCAUGUCUGAAAUGAUUCAAGUUUGCCAAAGAUGACAAGUUUUCACAUCUAUAUAGAACUGUUAACCAUUGUUACAGACAAGUUUUCACAUCUAUAUAGAACUGUUAACCAUUGUUACAGACACGUUUUCACAUCUAUAUAGAACUGUUAACCAUUGUUACAAACAAGUUUUCACAUCUAUAUAGAACUGUUAGCCAUUGUUACAGACACGUUUUCACAUCUAUAUAGAACUGUUAGCCAUUGUUACAGACAAGUUUUCACAUCUAUAUAGAACUGUUAGCCAUUGUUACAGACAAGUUUUGAAACCAACUUGUUGACUGCUUUCAUCACCAAUCAACUUAUUUUGCUAAAUUAUGGAGUUAAGUUAGUUAUUGCAUGUUUUAAAAGGUAUUUAACAUCAUCUGCGGGGGGGAAAAAACAUUUAUGUAGGAUCUUCUGCUAGGAGGGAAAAAAGUAUUUAGCUAAGUUCUGAAGUAAAUCUAACAUAACACAUUUCUACUGUAAACAUUUGCUUCAAAAACCUUUGUCAUUUAUAGCUUUUUUUUUCUACCAGCAAAAUGUCAGACUAUUUUUGAUGGAAUAUAUUUUGAAACGCCUAUAGAUAAAGGUUUACUUUUUAAAAUAUUUGUAAAAUACUAACCGUUUUUUUAAAUUUGGUUUUGGGAAAAAUAUCUAAGUUUCAACCACUCAAUAUUCAGCUGUAAACAGUCACCUUUCCUGAUCAUGAAAAAAAUAUGUAAUUACAAAACCUAGCAUAUCAAGGUUUUCCUCUAGAAUGGUCUUAGAUAUUUUAUUCACUGCUGGGAUUUCCAUGUUAAUAUUGAAAGAAAGUUACAUGUUGAUGUUUGUAUUGUAGAUAUAGUCUUAGACAGUAGGAGGCUUCAAAGAGUACCAGCCAAAAGCUAGGAAACACUGUACACAAUCAGUGGUGCAUAUCCUUGAUUUUAAGUGUCCUUCUGUGCUUUCUGUUUAUCUUGUAUAUUUUGAAUAUACUGUCUAGGUUGUUUUUUUUGCUGUAUGUGAGGAACAUGUUCAGUAUUUGUAAUAAUACAGGGUUGAUGUUGGCUAACAAUUGUACUGAUUGUAUAUAGAUAAUAGUUUGUUCCCUCCCACCCCCACCAAUCGAGACUAUGGUGAAAAACAUUGGAGAAUAAUCAGAUAUAAAACUACCAAAAGGAGGCAAUAUGAAACUCUUUCCAUGGUUUGAAAAAGACAUGGUCAUGGUAGAGCUGAUCUGCCUAAUGUUUACACAGGAAGAUAUCAAUACUGUUCAAUCAUCUCUACUCCAGGCAAAAAUAACUGAAAACUCCAUUUGAAAUAGAAAAUUGAAGUAAACGACUUAGACAAAUGGUAUUUGACAUUUUCCCAGAUUCAUUUCAGACAUUUCCAAGAGUUACAAAACAUUCUGAGAUACACAACAAUUGCCUGAUACACAAAUAGUUUUUCACAAAACAGGUACUGAAGUUUUUCAUUUGUACAUUGAUAAAGAUCAUUCCUUUUAAGUGCCUUCUGCCAUUACAACAAUAGAUCAGCUUCAACACUUUUUUUAAACAAACUUUAAUGGCAUUAACUCUACAAACAGCGUUUGAGAGGAAUGAUGACAUUGCCACCUAUUCUUAAGGCAUAGUGUAACAUUUUCCCACCCAAAUAAUUUGUACAUAUCUGCUUUGCUUUGUAAAUAGAUUCUCGUUUUACAUUCUUUGAAGGAUUAAACUCGUUUCCAUUGGAGUAGAAAUAGAGAUGUAUUAGUGCCUAAAUAUAGUGGGAAUUAUUUUUGGUAAAGAGUAGACACAGCACUAGUACACAAACAGAACAUAUACAAAGUUGAACAGACUAAAUGGAUGGAGAAACACAAAAGCAUGUGGCCUACAUUUACCAUAAAGCCAGAAAACACCUGCAACUUCGAAGGCAUUGAAAAUAGAUGUUAUUUACAAGCCCUUUCUUUAAAACCUACAAUUUAGUUGUAAAUACACAGUGAAAGAUGUAUUCCAAUACAUGUUCUGUGUACUAACUGCCAAUCACGUUUCCUCCAAUCCAAAGAUCAUGAAAAUCAGUGUGUUGAAAAUCUUCCUCUAAUUUCUCCAAUGCUGGAUGUUGGCAUUGAAGUCAUGUCAAGGUUCAAGCUUUUCAAGUGUUCACAUGUUUAAUUUAUUGAUGACAUUUUCUGAACCAAACUCAUGUAACACCCAUCUCAGGCCAGGUACAAAUCCUCUGAGAAUUCUUAAACCGUAUGUCUAUGAAUAAUAAAACUCACUUCUAAUAUUCUGACAUGUGCAGUGGAUUUUCAUUUACAAAAAUAAAAGCAGAAAAUAUUAGAUAGGACAUUGAGUGUGUUCAGUGCGGACAGAAGAGAACAUGAAAAAGAGAAAAAUAAACAACUUUUGCUGGA